AUGAGCUCCUCCGAUUCUUCAAGAAAAUAUGUGGCUUCCUCCGGUUCUUCAAGGAAUAAAUUAACGAAUUUGCAUAAGGAACUGUCUCCUGAGCCGCUUUCUGAUUUUAAAUUUCUUUCACAAUUUUUAUGUAUAAAUAUUAGGGUUAUGACAAAAUCCGAGUUGAAUAAGUUGUGUAUGGAUGAGAAUGAUUCAAUGAUCAAUGCGGAAGUGCGAUGCAAGCAUGGAAUUUUAUUGCAAAUCCAGACGUCUUGGUCAGAUCGCAAUCCCGGAAGACGAUUUUGGUCUUGUCCUCACUAUGAGGCCACGAACUGUAAUUUUUUUAGAUGGAGAGACAAGGAGAGAGUUGAUGAAAGAUCUCGGUUUAUUCUUCCGAAAUUGGUGAAUAGGAUUAAGGAGUUAGAAGAAAAAUAUGAGCGUAUGAUGAUGCAAUUGGAACAGGUUGAUAAUUCCAACAUUGAACAGUCAAAACAAGAAAAAAUUCCUUUGGAUGAAGGUGAAAGUCUUCGAAAUCGUUAUGAAAAUCUCAACAUCAAUUCAAAGGGGAAGGGUUGUGCUAUAAAAGAAAUGGGUGAUUUGAAAGAGAAGAAAAUGAAAGGGAUGAAAAUGAAGAAAAAUGAUGAAGGCUGUCGUUGUUUUGGGAAAUUUCUUUGUUGUUUGAUGAUUUGUUUUGUUGAUAUAUUUGUUAGCUUUCUAACCCAAGUUGGUAGGUUGAAGGAUCAAAUGAAAUUGCCAUAA